AUGCGCCCUGUCGUCCCCGAGUUCUCCCCUUCACCCACUCGCAAGCUUUCAUCCGGCGACCCGCCCGCUCCAUCAUGGGGCGAGUCCGGACCUGGUGUCCCGACCUCAUUUUUUCUAGCUCGAGAGACCGGUGAUGACAUGGGCUCUUCAAGGGAUAGUUCUUUCGGAGUCCAGAGUCUAGAAGACACGAUCAGUGCUGCAGAUAUAUCUCCCUUCAACGACGAGUCUUAUCGUCGUGAUGCCAGCAAUGAAUCUGCCGAUCCAACCUUGAAACGUAGGACAACUCUUAAACCAUCAGAUCUACUCCCUCAUGUUGACCGACUGGACACUCCCUUGUCCAAAGCCAUUUCUCGAGCCUCCCCAAUACCUUCACGUCCGUUAACUCCAUUCAAUCUCAAUGACGAUCCGUCUUCCAUACCGAGUAGUCCGAAGUCGGUUUCAAGUCGGUCAUUUAAACCCUUGGAUGACAUUUCAAUCACGGACGAGAUCAGUAGCCAAGCACUGGUUUCAAGUGGAGAUGAAGACACUCCUGAGAUGAGUGAGCAUGCUCAUCAUGGAAUAGGCGACAGCUCUUCCCAGUUGAUCAUGCCGAGCAUUCGAAUGCCAAGCCGACGUCCGUUUACCGAAAGAGGCAAGAAGAUUGGUCGUUUCAAGAUUCUUGUUGCUGGAUCAAAAGGUUCCGGAAAGUCAUCUUUAAUCAAGUCGAUUGUCCAAGCAUGUGACGAUAUUGUCCAUGUUGACCCUGUCGAAAGCUCAAGUUCAAUCGAAUAUGGUCGACCUCACUCGCGAAUAAACUCGAAAAAGACCAAUGCAACUAUGAUAUCCGAAAUCCAUGCGAGUACCAAACCAUAUCCGCCAUGGUGGUCCGAACUUGAGGAUUCGCGAAUCCUCAAGCGAAGAAAAAAUAGUGGGGAGGUUGUGCUGGAACGAAACCUGUGUUUCAUCGACACCUCAGCUUCAAAGAAUGAUAAAGGCCAACCUGAUCAGACCACAGAGAUUAUCAUACAAUACAUGCAGCAGCAAUUAUCUCGUGCUAUCGCUUCCGUCAGCCAUCCUAGCUCCGAUCUUCAAAAUAUGUUAGGCGGCGACGGCGGCUCUCAAGUCGACUUGGUUUUAUAUCUCAUAUCUGAAGAUACCCUGACAAACGAUAUUGAAUGCAUCCGCAAAUUAUCCGACUUUAGUAACGUCAUCCCUCUGAUAUCGAAAGCAGAUUUGCUAUCAGAAUCUCAGAUAACGUCGCUUAAAAGCUCUUUUCAUACUCAAAUCGCACAACAUGGUGUGCAAUUAUUCUCCUUCGAAGACCCAAAUACCACGGAGGGCGAGCAGCCUCAGUCGCCGUUCGCCGUAUCGUCAAUCCAAUCCAAGGACGAUGAAAAUAUGGAUGCUAGUAUACUGAUGAGUCCGGAUUACGUCCCGCCUCUGAUUGCAUCUGAAAUCGGUGAUUUGAUUGAUAAAAUCUUUGAUAGCGAUAACAUGUCUUGGCUCCGCCAUACUGCAGCUAAAAAGCUGACCCGAAGUGGUGCCGUUCCAACUAUCCAGCGUGCUGAUACGGCUGUCAAACGUAUGCGGUCUAAGAGUCCUGGAAACGUCGUUGCGACCUCUAAGUCAAUUUCCAACAAUACAGCGCUAGCUCCCAUUAGUAAUUUUGGCGGAGCUCCCAAUUAUGCAUUGGCAAGAGUGAACGACUACACACAACACGAAGAAAAAUUGGCUCAAGUACGAUUGGCAAAGUGGGCUGCGGAUUUACAGCAGAGUCUACAAAACGAACGCGAAAGAUAUGCUGCACUUGCGCGAGGGGAAAGAGCAGCUUGGCUGACCGAGCGUCUUGGAGAAUGUGUGAUUGACGGCACACUUGUUCCGAUUCAGCAAACCCCUGGCUUCCCACGUUGGGAUGUGGACACCGACAAAAAAUCAGGCGCAAUCGUGGUACGAACAUCAAACGGACAAACUGCAAAAUACCGCCUCACCAAACUCAACCCUGAGGACCCACUGGGACUGGUUCGGUGGAAUGAAGACCUCCGUCGUCGUGGCUGGGCGAUUGUACAAGUGGUUGGCAGUUUCGGAGUUGUGGGCGGUCUGGCACUUUGGCUGGCCAAAUUUUGGGGACUUCCCUCGAAGAGUCUAUCUGAAUGGCACUUUCAUUGGAUAGAUCCGCACGAUUAG